GCUGCAUUUGAUAGUUACUAUGUACAGUAACUGUUAAUUCUUAAAAAGUCUAAAUUUAAAAUGUGUAUGGCUCUUCUUUCAGGGAAAUAAGAGAAUGUCUUAAACUUGAUCCUGAUCAUAAAGAUUGCUUCGCAUUUUAUAAGGUAAGUUAUAUUUAGUAUUUUUUUCUGGUUUGUCUACGUAAUAUACUAUAUGUCUUGUAAUAAACCUCCAUGUCUGACGGCGUAAAACGCAAAUAAACACUUAUUACGAUGUUACACGGAACAAUCUUUAUAGCGACAAUUCGCAACGCAAAUGAUGGUACAUGAAAUUUGAUUAUCUCAUGCAGGCUCAGCAACUGAUUGAUUGCGAAUUGUUGUUAAAAAUCGUUCCCUCUGCCUAAGUGGUCAUCAGUGUUUGAUGUCAUUGUGAGAAAAGUCUAUAAUUAUACAUAAUUUUGCGUACGUUUUAUCCAACGUUUGCGUUCGUGUUUGGUACUAGCGAGCUUAAGCAAACGACGUUUUUGACAACACGAACGGCAUGAGUAACGUCAAAAGACUGGGUCAAGAAUGUUGAUUGGUUGAUAACGUCAAAUUUGCUUCCGGUCAACGUUCGUGUUGUCAAAAACGUCGCUUGCUAAUUAAGACCGCUACUAUAGUCCCCAUGCUGCCUCGUACCCAGGCGCUAUGUUACCGCUAUGGCUUCAAUCUCCAGAGUAUGUCAUGCCUAGCACCCAACCUGCGAACGGGCAUACUCUGGGUACGAGAUUGCUAUGGCUUGUGAGUUACGUCGCUGAUACGUGCAGGCCUUUGCGCCGUGGGGCGGCGUUGAUUAAUAUGAAUCGUCCCGCCUCAUCUAUUAAGAAUUUAAGAUGCUUUAGGUACAGAAUAAGAAGGUAUAGCAGAAGCGUAACUCUAGUCGUUUCCCUUAUUGUUCUACGUCCACGAAAAUUUUAACUCGCUCACGCCAAUCCACGUCAUCCUGGCUAGUACAACCGGAAGUUUUUAUCAGGUUUUGGUAGGUACAAAGUGCCGGUUGUACUAGCCAGGAUGGCGUGAUUGAUGACGAAUCGCUUGUAAAAACGCGGACAAGUACUUGCUUGAGUUACGCUUCUGCUAUACCUUCCUAUUUUGUGCUUUAUGUUAGCUACAAGUACGACUAGAUUAUUUAGAUACGUUAUUUAGAUCCGCCAUAUUCUUACGCCAUCAUACACUGACGCCUUAUAAAUCUCGCAGCUGUCGCCAAAUUGACGGGAUUUUUGAAAAAUCUCGCAGUGAAACUAGCAUCUACAGUACUACGAGAUUAUGGCGUGCGUACGGAAUGGCAUAAGAAGAUGGGGAGCAUUAACACAGAGUAGAUACAUACAAUGCUGUAACUGGCCGUCUGCGGAAACUUACGUUUUCAUGUACCCACUUUUUUUCAGGCGACCGGGCAAAUAAUGAUCAACUGCGCGUGCUCGGCAAGUUCCUCGAGCAGUUAAAGCGAGUCGUCAUGCAUCUAAUGGCUUACCGAGCACGCGCAGUUAUAACUCUGUAUAUGUAUCUACUCUGUGGCAUUAAUGACAUAUAUCAUAGUCCUACUUGUAGUCAAAUCUGAAGUUCUCUAUCGUCGUCUCAGACACUCGUCUCGCGCUUAAUGACGUGAAAGAAGCAAGGCGCCUGGGUAGGAGGCAGGUCCCAAUGCAGAUUUUAGCGGGUAAUUUGACUGCUAAUCAUGCACUAUCGUGAUUUUUUUCCACAGAAAUUAAAGAAGCUGAAUAAACAAUUUAAUGAAGCUCAAGAUUUAAUAAACAGAGCAAGGUUGGAACAAAACCUACUAAACUAACAGUAAUAAUAUAGUACUACUGUUCAGAAGCCUUACAUAGCUUCAAUCACAUGGAUUAGUGUAUUGAAAGUAUUGAAAGGUGUCCCGUCCUUGUUGUGACUCACAUGUCAGUAGGGUAUUUGUGUACAAUAGAACAUUUGCAGAAUUACUGAACUGUAACAUUGUACAUGCAUAGCCUCGACUCCAUUCUUUAAUUUGUCUGGAAUUUUAUUCCGUGUUAGGUAAUGUUUAUACAGUUUCUGUCAUUUUUCAAAAUAAUUAAUUCGUGGCUUCCAGCUGUGAUCGCAGUGCAGUUCACGUAAGCUCAAUUACACACUGUACGUUCCAAAUAUUAGACCUCCAAAUAUCCGUAAUGUACUGAAAAUGUAGCAUACCCUUUCCAACCCUACAGAUGUCGAAAGGAAAAUUUAGGUUUUGGAUUUAUCUUCUGAUUAUUUCGAAUGUGAAAUGCUCGUAGUUUAUGUUUUAGGAAAUUUUGUAAAUAUAGAUGUUUUAAAAAUGUUGUUCGUAUACAUACACUUAAUCCAAAGUUCUGUUAUCAGAUUCAUUUCUAUAAUCUAUGCAAAAUGUUUUGUUUCACAGCUAUUCAGACGCUAUACGAAAAUUAGAGUCAGCGUUAAAAACCGAACCAACACUAGAUUUCUACGUUUUGAAGGCGAAAACACAAAUAUGUCAUUGUCAUCGCAUGGUAAGGUUUAUUUCUUGUAAUAUUUUAUCUGCUUAAUUAGUAUGUGGAGAUACGGACUAUUAUGAAAAAUGUUUUGAACAGGAAAGAUACAUACAAUACAAUCAUGAAGAUAUGUACUGAUUGUUAAAACGUCCUUGUUUAGAACGCUCUGGACACACCCUUCUUCUACACAAGCAACUCUGUGGGAAACGUCAAGAGAUUGGGAACUAUUAAUUACGGGAGGAGAGGGGGCAUGGCAAUAAUGGUCGUUUUUUACUUGCACCAAAUAUCCCUCUUGGUUCCCUGGUACCCCCUUUUGCUCUAUGAAAAUAUUGCAUAAUUCAGCCGUUUGUCACCGAAGUUGCCUGCUUGGUAGGGACACGUACAUUAUGCUCCAAAAUUUUCCCAUUCUAUUCCUUAAUUCCUUUGACUUUACCCUAUUAUUCUUAACAUUCCCCCCUAUUAUUUCCAAAAUUAUUCUACAUCAAGUCGAAUCAAGGCCAGGAGGAAAUAAGAAUUUGAUUUUAUAAUGGAUGUGGACUGUGGAGCUGGAAAUUUCGUCAAGAUUUUCAAUUUUAUUUGAAAUUUGCAUAAUGGAUUAUUUAAAGAAACAAAUAAUGCAUAUAACGGUAUUAGUCCACAAAUUGUACGUACACGACGUAUAUUUAGAGACGAUACACACAUGCUCGCCGCGCCUCUGGCCUAUGUGCGGAUGGCGCAUAUGCUAACUACCGAAUUCACGUUGGCACGAUGACAUCACACCGAAACAUUUUCCUAUUAUUCCCGCUCUUGCCUAUUAUUCCCCUAUUAUUUUAAAAGAAAUUCGGGCGUAAUGUGCGUGUCCCUAUAUUGCUUGGAAUACAUAAAUUAUCCUUUCUCACGAUGACGAAUAUCCGCCAUUUUUGGGUGGCAUCUAAUUCUCGUUAACCAAUGCAGACAAUUAAAACAAUGUGAAAAGCAAUUUUUCAAAAUAAACAAAGCAAAUUUACCAUUAUUCGUCCAUAAAAAUAUAAAAAGUCGCUGUUAUGCGGACUUAUCUCGCAGACUUCGGCUGAAAAGCCCCUCAAAAAUGGCGGCGUGAGAAAGGCUUUAAAAUUGAGUAGUCUCAAUUCUGUCGUUUGUCCAAAAUAAAACUGUAGCUUAGCUUUGUUAUCGGCUUUGUUUUUGUUGCAGAACGGUGACAUAGAGAAAACAUUAGAUUCUUGUUCAGAGGCGAUAAACCUGGAUGAAAAUAAUGUUGAUGCGCUAUGUGAUAGAGCAGAGGGAUAUAUACUUAAUGAUAUGUAUCAAGAAGGUAUUGUUGUAUACGUCUACUCCAUAUUCGAACAACUUGUCCUGUACCGCCGUAUAUUAAUCAGAGAGUUCAUUUUGUUGCAUCAAAUAUAGCGAGAUUACCUCAGAGUCUGAAAUAACGUUCGAAGAUUAUCCCGACAAAUGCCCGACCAAAAUGAAAUUUGAUUGGAAACCUUCAAAUUUUGAUCGAUCAUUUUUCUCGACAUCCGUUGGGUAAAUCAGAUCAACAAACAAUACUAUAUAAUAUGCCAAACGCUAUAUUCUAUAGUUAAAAUGCUUUUGAACGUUGACAACUAUGUUUUCUAAUUGUAAGUAAACCCAUUCUUUCAAGAAAACCAGUGUAGUUUGGUCGGAAAAUGUCCGUCCGUUAUAUUUCAUGAUCAGGCCCUGGUACCUUAUCACCUACUGUACCAUCAUGCAAUUUGCUCUCUUCUUAUUCUCGGUGUAGUUAUAGAACUUUACGCAGACGAUAUCGCGCCGUUAUUAGAGAGUUAUUAGCAGCCGACAUUUUGGACGCUAUACGCGUACAUAUUUCGGCCGUUAUAGCGCCAACAGUUCUCGCUUUUGGAAUCAGAUCGGCAAUGUACGAAGUUUCCUUGGUCAUUUCUAGGAAGAAUUAGGGCUGUUACCUCUGGGCUGUUACCAUUAAAGCUUUAAUUUUGUUCGUGUGACAAAAAUGCCGUGUGCUUACAGUAUAUACAAAUAUACUGACGAUGGUCAUAGGAGAGGCUAGAUGCGCGGUUGAGCUACUUGUUGCUUCCGGCAUUUCCUUGAAACGUGAAACUGCACGGAUUGCCGAAUUUUAGCAAGAAUUGUUGACGCUAUAAUUAGCGGAUGAAUUACAGUAUACACGAGGACAGGAAAUCUGUCUUCAAUAAGCAAGAGGUUGCUAAUAACUAUGCAAUUACUUCUUUAAAUAGAAUACAGUGCAUGUACUUUAUUAGCCUCCUCUGCAGGCAACUCUUUGGCAAAAAUUGGCAAAGUAUUAUGAAUAACUGCGAAUUUAAAGUUGGGGAUUGUUAUGGACCACCUAAAUAUUAAAAAAAUCUAAAUAUUAAAAAAGCGGCAAAAAUGUGAAUAUUAUAGGGUAACACUCUGGGGGCCUCGCUUCUUCCUUUGUCCUCGCUUCUCUCCUCGCCCAUUUCGCCCUUUAUCCCGAGUGAUCCCUAACAAUCCCUAACUUUGAAUUCGUAACCCUAUAAUAUUCACAUUUUUGCCAAUUUUUUUAAUAUUUAUAUUUUUUUAAUAUUUAUAUUUUUUUAAUACUUUUGCCAUUUUUUGCCAAAGAGUUGCCUGCGGAGGAGGCUAGUACUUUAUGAUACGUUCAUAUGUGUCCUUGAUGUGUCAUCGUUUGAUCGUUAACCUCAUGAUUUCUUGUUACAGCUGUGAACGAUUAUCAAACAGCAAAAAAUGUCAACGGAGAAUUGAACAAGGUUAUCAUUUAAUUAAUUAUGCCAUUGAGUAACAGCUAUAUUUGAUAACUCGAUUUAUGUCAGUAUUUAUUAACCAGUUCAUUACAUAGGUACAAGAAGGUUUGGAUAAAGCUCAAAGACUUCUUAAACAGUCAAAGAAAAGGGAUUAUUAUAAAAUUUUAAAAGUAAAAAGGUAAGAGAAGUCUGCAGCAUUAACGAGAUACGGUAUAUAUAACGGGUAAAACGUACUUUCCACGAAGUCUCCCACUAAUAAGUAAACAAAUAAAAUAGUCUGGCAUUUGACAGAAGCCUUUUGGGCCAAUGAAAAUUGAUAUCAUGUUUCUCGUCCCCGCCCGCAUGGGAUUUAUCUGCUGCACGAAAAAUUUUCUUUAUUCAUUAUUUUUGAAAAAUAGGCUUAACAAAACACCAAAUUGAUCUCCAGAUCAAAGUCUUAUUGCUGCAUUCCGCAAGCGCAACUCAAAUUGUAUCUUUCUAAAGAUAUUACUCGCCAGAAUGCCUCUAUUUUUCAUGUCAGCCCUGGUAUGUAUAGAAAUAUACUGUAGUGUGGGACGUAUUAAAUUAAAAUGAAUUGUACACCGAUUUACUUCGUCUUCAGAUUUUUAUGGGGUUUCUUACUGAGUCAAGGAAAUUAUUGACAAGCAGAAUUCAAAUACAAAAAAUAAUGCAAAAUGAAAAAUGAAAAAAUCCCACUCCAAAUUUUUGAAAAUUGUGGACGAGAAACAUGAUAUCAAUUUUCAUUGGCCUUAUACUUGUUUUAUAUAUAUACACUUUUAAGCCUUGUACUUCGCUUAGUUUUGUUUUCGCUUAGUUUUGCAGCUAAGGCUUGAGACCAACACGCCUGGAUUGAGACGGUGUGUACCGAAUUAGGGUUAAAAUAGAACUCGUGCAUGAUCGGUUUUCUUUCAUAGAUGCAAUGAUUAAUAACGGGCUUUUGCGAAAACAAGAGGAAUAGUUCUUGGUACCUAGCCAAAUUUAUAAGUGAAUAUAGUAAAUAAAAAAAGUAUAUAUAGUAUAGGAAUUACUGUAGGUAGAAAACCAACAUUCAUGCUCAAAAUAGCAAUGAAAUGGCAUGACAAUCUAGUUGCCAUGUCCCAUAAACUCAAUCCAGAAAGUAAUCCAACUUAAAUGGCCGUGCACGUUAUUGCAUGAUCAUCUAUGAAAUUGGAGAACUAAGAACUCAGAAAUGUCUCGAAUGUAUAAUUAGAGUAAUACAAUGACUGCAUGUAACGUCUCAGAACAUAAUGAUGAAUAUCUAAUGAAAUACCAACCUCGUACCCAGGACUUUCUUCCAGAAGAAAUACUUGCAAUUCAUUAAACAUUUUGCUGUUGUAGAAACGCAAGUAAACGAGAAAUCUUGAAAGCGUAUAGAAAAUUGGCAGUACAAUGGCAUCCUGAUCAUUAUCAAGGGGAAGAUAAAAAGAAAGCGGAAAGAAUGUUUAUAGAUGUUGCUGCAGCAAAGGAAGUCCUUACUGAUCCUGGUAGGUUAUUACGUAAUAUAUGAACAACGAGAGCGAGUGUUUCACUGGGAUAUCCAAACACGAGAAAACAAUGUAUGACAACACGAGCGCGAAGCACGAGUGUUUUCAUACAUUGUUUUCGAGUGUUUGGAUAUCCCGGUGAGACACGAGCUCGAGACCUCGAGUUGUUUAUAUGUCUUCUCAAAUGAAUCGAGACGUAACAGAAUGUUUUCGUUUGCUUAUUUUGAAUAGAAUUCUUAACCAAGCAUAACGUAAUUAGGAAUUCUGUUCAAGUAAUUUUGCAUGCGUAAUUAAGAUAUAUGAUGAAAACACUAUAGUGACUUUCAUCAAUUAGUUUCACCGGGUUAUCCAAAUGGCAUCUUGUAAUCAAAUAGGUGAUUAUCAUUGGCUGAAUUGCUCAUGAAUUAUUAAUGAAUUUGAGAAAGUACAGUAAACAUUAAUUGAUUACAAAGAAAAACUGCAUAGAAUUCGGUGCAUGGUUUCCUCCAUUGAUGUCAUGUUACUUAACCGUUACAUUUGACGUUAAUUUUAAAAUGUAUGUGCAUGCAUGAAUUGAAUUAACUCCACAAAACAAUAUCAAAGAUAAGAUGUCUUUUGCGAUGCAAAAAAGUACGAACUGUCCCUUUCGUAAAAUCCGAUAUCAAAUAUUUCUUGACAAGUCUCUCGUCUUCAAGUUCAGUGUAAGGAACCGUCGACAAAUAUAUUUCGUCCCGCUUCGUGGACUUGUUCCGCGAUGGUGGAAGGGGGGUAGCUCAGUUGGCACGAUUACGAGAACAUGGGACGAAAAUGUAACAUUUCUAAUACAAAUAUUCACUUCAUUAAUACUGUAGUCAUAUUAAACUGCAAAAGAUCAGUUUCAAUGAGUUUCAAUUGCGAAAACCAUUAAAACUGCUCGCGGUCAAAAACUUUGGUAGUUUUAAACGAACAUGAAUGCUCACUAAUUUCAGGGAGAUUUUUAAAUGUAUUAGCCAAAGCCAGGUGUGUUUUCAUUUGUAUAAUGUUUAUAAAACACUCAACACAAUCGAGAGAAUUUAUAGAUGUUUCAGUAAUGCUAAAUUGCCAUGUGAAUGUAUAUGAUAUGAUUGAAAUCUGCAUAAAAAUAUUGAGUAUCUCGCCUUGUUUUCCUGUGAUACUAUACUACACGUCAAAUAAUAUCCAGCAGCAAUAGCUAGUUGCCAAUCCGCGAUUGGGGGAGGGUUCAUUUAUCGACAUUCACUGACAGAGGCGAGCAAAUUUUCUUUGUCGGCUAUAAAAAACUAUGAUAAAUCAAAAGAAAUGUUGCUCGUCAGUACACGCACUUUGUUUUGUCCAAUUCUAUUUUCUUAUAUAUUAAAACUUGGAAUUUUGUUUUCUUUUUCCAGAGAAAAAAGCCAAGUUUGACAAUGGUGAAGACCCACUAGAUCCUGAACAACAAAAUGGCGGAGGUUGGCAAAACGGAGGUUUCCCAGGGGGAUUUCCAUUUGGACAAGGAUUUCAGUUCAAAUUUCAUUUUCCAUAAUCAUAAACAACACGAUUGUAUACAUACGCCUCAAUUCUCUCCCAGAUGGUAUCUCGUGCAGUGCUCCUCUUUGCAUGGACUCGCGGAAUUUAAUAAUCUAGUCAAAUAUUUAACACUUACUGGGUUGAGUAUUUACAAACUUUUGGUAAUCAGAACAUCAGACGGUACAUCUUAUGUAAAUAUAUAGUUGAUAGUAUGAAUAUUGUACCAAUCAUGUAACGAUUGCUAAGAGAAGUGAUUGAGUUCCUGAGCUGAGCUCGCUUAAAGGCAGUUUGUAUUGUUCAGUUGUUUGUUUGCAUGAGACGUUAUAUAGAGCGUUUGCACCCAUUCCCCAGGGAUCAACUCAACAAAAGCCAUGGCGGCCAUGUUGGUGUUCCAGACAAGAGUCAUGGCGGCUGUGACGUCAUGUGCAACUGAAUCAACUGAAAUGUUUUGAAGAUUCUAUCACGAACCUUUCAUUAAUUUUAAAUUAUAUUACUUCCUUCGUAUGUCCGUGUGCAAAAAUAAAAAAACCUCUUUCGGAGCCUGUGAGCGAGUCAGUAUAAUCUAGAAUUAUAAAUUAAACUAAGUUACCAAGUAGGCUGCACCCAACCUGAAUUUUAGGCGGAAAUCAGGUAGCUUGCUGCGUGCAGGCCACCACGUGUCUGUCAUGCUUAUCAUGUUGAUAUGAAUUUAUUUGUCAUGUGGAUUUGUUGACUAUUGAGAACAAUAUAAAAGUCUGGUAUUUUACAUUUUAAAUCUGCAAAGGCUUUCUUUUCAAGAUUUGUACGAAAGAAAUGUACCAUUCUGUUUAUGUCUUUACUAUAUAGUUGCCGAAAUAUAUAUCGGUUACAGUGAAAAUACAAAAAGUGUAGAUAGAUAGAUAGAUAGAAACUUUAUUUAUACACGCUGACCCCGUCAACCGAAGCUGAUUUCCACGGGGGGCGUGUGCAAAAAUAGAAAAAUGUUACAUGGAGAUAUUAAAAUACUUAAGUUUAAAAAGGUAGAAUAUUAAAUUAUUUACAUGAUAAGAAGGUUAUUAGAAUAUUUACAGUUACAUCAAUUUACUCUAUGUCAAUUUUGUGAGCAGCGACUUUAUUUCUAAAGGAUGAAAGAGUUUUGCUUUCCCUAAUUUCCUUUGGAAUAGAAUUCCAAAGGUGUGCUCCGUCAUACAUGAAACUAUUUUUCAUGUUGUUAGUACGCGGUUUUGGUAAACUAAGACCGCUUGAAAUGUCACGAAGGUUGUAGUUUGUUUUCUCACAUUUGUAUGAAAAAAGAUUGGUGAGUGAUUUAGGACCCAUUUUAUUUAAUACUUUGUACAUCAUUUUUGCCUUAGCUUUCUUCCUUUCAGUUUUGAGUGACUCCCAGCCCAAUGCACGUAGAGCAAUGGAAUGAUUUACGUCAUUACUCAUGUUCAAGAUAAUUCUAGCAGCUCUAUUUUGAAGUUUUUGGAGUCGUUUUGAUUGUGAUUCACCAAACACAUCCCAUACUUCACAACAGUAAUCAAAGUAUGGGCGAACAAUAGCAUUAUAUAUCGAAAUGAGUGUAUCUUUGUCAACGAAAGGUUUGACUCGACGAAUAGCAGAGAUUCUAGACUUGGAUCAAGUCCGUCUCUCAAGAGUCCGAGGGAUCGAGCGCGCGCCGGAUCUCGUCGCUUCGCGACUCGGAACUUCGCGACUCGGACUCUAUAGAGACGGACUUGAUCCAAGUCUACAGAGAUUCCUGCAGUUAUUUUUUUGCAAAUAUUUUCGGAAUUACUUUUCCAAGACAAAUGCUGGUCAACUAUUACUCCAAGAGUGUUGCAUUCGCUAACUUGUUUAAUUUGCUUAUUUUCAAUGAAAACAUUUA